CUGGCGACUUUUUUUUCUUCUUCCAUCAGACGAGCAAAUACCAGAACUAGCCGCGCAUUUCUUACCGCCCGUUUUUUCUCUCUCCCACACACAGAAGGCCUCUUCAGUGUCACCCCGGAAGUGAUCGCCGCACACCAAGCCCAACGAAUGGCUUUGAUGUUGAAUUCUCCCUCGGAAUCUCCCACCAUUGUUGACCUGUUUGCCGGUGUCGGUGGGAACAGUAUUCAAUUCGCUCUGAUGGGUUUUAAAGUUAUAGCAGUUGACAUAAAUCCUGAAAUGUUGCGCCUCGCCUCCGCCAACGCGAAAGUCUAUGAUGUAGAAGAGAAAAUCCAGUUCGUUCAAUCGGACGUUUUUGACUGGUUAGAUGGCGUUGCCCCUUCGGCUUCUUCAACGCCAGCCUUUGACGCUGCCUUUGCAUCACCUCCAUGGGGCGGUCCAGCCUACAACAGUCGUAGAGCAUUCGAUCUCUCCUCACUGACUUUCGAUGGUCAGCACAGAGACCUCUGGUCUCUAACUCAGCGUCUGAUGCGCCUCACUCACAAUGGCCCUGUUGGUCUUUUCCUCCCCAGGAACGCGAACAUUAUUCAGCUAUUUGAUCUCUGUCGUCAAACCAUUUGCCCAGACUGCUCCUUCAACGUGGAGGUCGAACUGAGUUUGAUUCACGGAAAAGCGAAGGGGCUGACUGUGUACUUUGCCGAGUCUACGAAAUGGACUCACGGGGCUAUUGAAAGCCCUUAUUUAUCCGAUGAGAGUUCCUCUUAUUCUUCGUAUGAAACAGCUGACUCUUUUCUAUAG